UUAUUAGUGUAGAUACAAACAGUAUUACUACUUAAAAAAGAUGAUUGUACUCCCCAAUACCCCUCCUAUCCCGCAGAGCAUAUCCAUCGCGGCUGGGAAGCUCAAUCUGUAUAUUGUCUCGGAAAGAUCGGGCUUAUUGUCUGAUGUUGGUACUAACUCCGAAUUGGUCAGAUAUGUGGUAGCUCUUGAGGAAUACCUAGAACAUUUGUUUGAUUAUUGUGCCCAAAAUUGUCCUCAAAGACGCCAAUUGGAAGAUUUGGUCGAGUAUUCCUCAACAUAUGUCCUUUCUGAAUCCUUGGGCCAAUUACCAUGGACUUUGAAAAGGAAUAAGAACAAAAAAAUUGAAGACAACUUCUUCCAAAGAAAAAGAACUCCAAAUUCUUCUACAAGUCUUUCUCCAGAUCAAACUUCAACCACUACUACUCCCAGUUGGACAUUGGCAAAUGAAAUAGAAAUCACAGUGGUGGCAAUUGCAUUGACUUAUUCCUCCCUUGGGUCUCAAAACAUUAGUGAACUCAUAUCUGCUCAAGAAUCAACCGUGGAGACCACUGAAAAAUGGAAACAAGUGGCCAAUCUCUUCAAAAGCUCACUUUCGUUUGUAUCAUUUGGAUCAAUGGUGAACCGGUCAAUCUCUACCGACACAAAACUUAAUGGGAUGAUAUACCAUUUCCUUCACAAGACAAACAAUAUUUCCAUUCAAAUGUCUAUACUUGCCAAAUCUUCAUGGAUCAAUAGACAGGAUUAUAAUAAAACAGAGAGUUUCAAGUCUUCAAACAACAGUACACUUGCCCGGGUGGCAAUCUAUGUAUUGGAUGAGCUCCAUCAUUGUAUUAAAAUCCUCAGUCAAUUACAAACUUCAUUAGACGAUACUUUCCUGCUUAACUACAAAUUUUGGCUGGAAUAUCUCCUAGUCAUUGAGAAAUAUGCCACUGCAUACGCGGGAUUAUUCCUUUCGAUUGAACACUACCAACAAGACAAAGUGGGGGAAGCCAUAGGGUUGGUUAAUUUCAGUUUAUUAACACUACAAAAGAAGAAAUUUGAUGCAUUACAAAGAGAAAGUGGGGGGAAAUUAGACAAGUUAAAGGGGAAGUUCCAAUCGCGUCUGAAUGAAUCAUAUAUAAACAAGUUGGAGUCUGUAACCAGUUUAAACAUCGAUAAACUGGCGUUCCAACUGCACUCAGAUGUUAUAUUAACAGAUCUCACCUAUUUGUUUGAUCAAUUGGUACUCCUACACGUCAAAUUUACCAAAGAGAAUAACAAUUUAAAGUUUGACAAAGUUGUAAGUUGGUCCGACAUGAAAUCUGAUUCUAAAUGGCCCUUAGGGUGUCUGAUUCCAGUCAGUGCAGUGGUUUCAUUUAUGCCUCGAUGCUUGAAAAUUGGCGAUAAUAGCCAUCAAAAUCAAUCAUAUUCCGGGAGAGGUGCCUAUUAUUAGGUUUCUAACAUGAGAGUAAUCUAUGGAGUAGAUUUAAAUUGUGGAACUUUGGUGGUGUAAUUUCACGCCUAUACUUUGUAUAAUUUUUUAAUCAACAUUCUUGGUAAUGAAA